AAGGAGUGAGCAAUCAUAGGGUCGCCGUGGGGCAAUGCCAUUCAUUAUUGGAGUUGAGCGAUCCUUUUCAGUAUAGCUUCCAAUCAGAGACAGAAUCUGCUCGAGAAAUCAUGGCAGCAGAAACAACAAGUGGCUGCCACAGGGUUUCUGAGACCAACUGUGGACGAAAGUCUUGAAGAGACCUUUGUCAGUUGUUCUGAAAGAGCCCUAAGAGGAAGAAGAAGAAGAAGAAGAAGGCGCGGGCAACAACAUGAGGGAAGACUUGUCAGCCAUUCUGUUCCUGGUCCUGCUCGCAUUCUCAGCGGCCAUCUUCAAUUCCUACAAUGGCAGUGGCACAAGCUCCGCUGUCCUCUCCUUUCGUCUCACCCCUGUGACUAUGUCUGCCCCGGCUCCCAUUGAUUCUGCUCCUGCAACUAUGUCUGCUCCUGCUCCUGCUCCAGCUCCUACUGAUUCUGCUGCUGCGCCGAUGCCUGAGUCUGCACAUGAAAUGGCCAACGCCACACUCAGCACCGUCUCCAAUGCUUCAGCGACGGCGGGCUCGGGCUCGACGCAAACGAGAGGCAGCGGUGUUGAGAUGAGCAGGUUGGAGAAGCUGGAGGAGGGUCUCGCCAGGUCGAGGGCUGCCAUUAGAAGGGCUGCUCUGGCGAGAAACUACACUUCUUAUCGGAAGCGCCGGGGCUUUGUGCCGAGGGGGCCCAUCUACCACAACUCUUAUGCAUUUCAUCAGAGCUACGUAGAGAUGGAGAAGAGGCUGAAGAUAUGGAUCUACAGGGAAGGGGAGCCACCCAUUUUCCAUGAUGGUUCUAGCAUGGGACUGUAUUCGAUAGAGGGCCAUUUCAUCCAAGAGAUGGACAAGCAACGGCUGCCCUUCAUCACCAAUGACCCAGAGCAGGCCUUGCUCUACUUCCUUCCAUUCAGCGUUGAAAGAAUGGUCAGGUUCUUUUACAAGAAGGGCAGUACUGUGAACGUUGUAAAACUCAUCUCGGUCGUGAUCAGUGACUAUGUCCAGGUGGUAGCAAACAAGUACUCAUAUUGGAACAGCUCCAACGGUGCAGAUCAUUUCAUGGUUGCCUGCCAUGACUGGGCGCCAUAUGCUACUGUAAAACAAGAAGUCAUCAAAAGUUUGAUGAGGGUGAUAUGCAGUGCCAACAUCUCAGAAGGCUUCAACCCGAGAAAGGAUGUACCGCUCCCGGAAUUCAACUUCAGGUUUCGCCUCCCAACAGUUGUCAGAACCCUGACUCCACCUUCCUCAAAAAGGACGUUAGCAUUUUUUGCAGGAGGCAACCAUGGCUCCGUCAGAAAGUUCCUCUUUGAACAAUGGGAUGGCAAGGACCCGCAGAUUCAAAUCUUUGAACGCUUACCCAGAGGCCAAAGCUACAAGGAGCACAUGAUGAAUGCCAAGUACUGCCUAUGCCCAAGUGGAUAUGAAGUCGCCAGUCCCAGGCUCACUGAAUCCAUACUGGCUGGUUGCGUGCCGGUGCCGAUUUCCGAUGGCUAUGUGCUCCCCUUCAGUGAUGUUUUAGAUUGGUCUCAGUUUUCCGUUUCAAUUCCAGUUCAAAAGAUACCCAAACUUAAAGAGAUUCUGAGUAACAUUUCUGAACAUUCAUACUUGAAGUUGCAAGCAAAUGUUAUGAAGGUCCAGAAGCACUUUGUGAUUAAUGACCCUCCCAAGAGGUUUGAUGUCGUGCAUAUGUUGUUUCAUUCCAUAUGGCUCAGAAGACUUAAUGUGAGCGUAACUGUUGUGUUUGCAAAUCAAAUAAAGGAUCAUGACAAAAUUAAUGAGAGCAACGAUCCAGGAGAAGGAUCCGUGCAUCAUCUCAACACAAAAGCAAAGAUUGAAGUCAUUCCUAAAGUUAAGAAAAUGGAUUACUGGGCUCGAAGUAUUGCACAUCAGCAGGCUUUAACGUCAAAGCCUAUUGAUGCCAAUGAUUUAGCUACCUCCAUUCUUGGUGUUGGUGGGCUUCCGAUUCAUGAAUACGAGGCUUUUCAAACAGCUCUUAACACUCGAUUAGAAGGUAUUACCCUGUGUAACCUUCUUGGGAUGCUCCGCACUCAUGAGGCAUUGCUUCAAGACAUUGAAAACAUGUCUCCACCUUCUACUAAUGUCACCUCUAAAUCGGAUGCAACAAUAGGCACAACAACAAAUACAAAUGACAUCCUCAAAGUACUUAAACAAGUGCGGAAAACAAAAGUUCUCUUGUUUUGCAUGUGGUCACACAGCAUAACUGUGCUAUACAACAUGUCAAUUAUGCCGAAAACAUUGUCAUGGACACCAGCGAUGCAAGUCCUUUCAGAAAGACCAAGACAGUUGCAGACUCUAUUUCACACUAGAGCUAUUGCUCAAGCAGAUACUAGUGGAUGGUACCUAGAUGCGAGUCCCACCCAUCAUGUGGCAUCGGAAUUUAGUGUCUCAGUUCAGCAUAUAAAGGGAUGA